CCACCCCAUCAUACAAAUUGGAAAAACAUUUUUUUACAGAUAUUUACAGAAAAUAUUGUAACAUCCAGUUUACUGUUGAACAGCUGACGUUUAAAAAGUCUCAUCAUGAAAAGAAGCAGCAUGGCAGCAGUAUUUCUACCCAUCAAAGGGUUCUUCCAUUGUUACUAUGACAAGCUUAUAACAAAAGCAGAACUGUUUUUGGUGCUAUAUAGAACCACAUCUACAUCAAAAUAAAGAACAAAUGCACCAUGCAAACAACCAUGUAAGCAUGAAAUGGUUCUAUAUGGGACUCAUGACUCUUACUAGAUCCAUUGCUUUUAACCAUCUUUUAUAUUUACACAGAACUGUUUUGGAUAGAUGGGCAAAGAAUGCUAGGACAAGGCUUGGGAGAAUUGGGAGCUUUGAUAUAUGUGUCAUUUUAUCCUAGACAUGAUAAGUGUAUAUUAUGUAAUCAUAAAAUAUGUUACAUAAAAAGCCUUUUGUCAUGGUGUUUGUUGGCUGAGACAGAUCACAUAUAGACUGACUGCCACAUGGUGUCAGUAGUGUGGCUUUCUGAUGUUAAAACACGGUCUGAUGGAGACAGGGGUUGAGGUGGUUAAUAUCCCAGUGCUGCUUGUUCUAAUGAGGUAAGAGCAUAUAAAGUGUACUACUUCAGCAUGUUUUGCUGACUGUGUAAAACUGGAUACCGUUGGUAUGCAGUGGCGACAGUUAAAGUCAAGUUAAAGCUCAGGCAGCGUUUAUUGGAGAACCACCACACUUCCGUUCUUGCUGCUGCUUCUAAGAAGGCUGCCAAUGUAAGUUGUUUAUGACUGAUACCGAACUGUAAAGUGGUGGUCAAAGGUUUAGACAUAAAUAAUGUGCUGUUCACCUCUGUUACAAUGAAGACUUCGCAUUAAUGUUGUUUCUGUAGGUUUUGUGUUUGCUGUUCUUACUGCAUUCAGCUUCUUUACUGUAUUCAGCACGUUUAGGCAAACCUUAUCGGUUCAUUUCUCGUGGAAAUUGUCCUCUGAGGGUUUCUGGAAAUCUUGUAUCGUUUUCUCAUAAUUCCACAACAACAUGGCACACCAGAGGAGGAUGAGUUUUCCUUGGUUCCUCAUAGUAUGUAAUGCAGCUCCAAAUCUCAUUAAAUAUGACAAACUAUUUGAUAUCAGCUUUUUAAAACCAUCCAUAUUCAAGUUACCUUUGAUGUAAAGUCCACAAAACUCAGGUUAAGAUUAUCAUGGGCUCGUUAUCAUGGAGUUGAUAAAGGGCUCUUCAUUUGUCUUACAUCUUCUCUUUAUUUAUUUCAUUCAUUGUGUUUGUUUAUUUCAUCCUUAUCUGUUAUUUUUAAGCUACUAUACUAUUGUAAUUUUAAUAGGUAGUUAAAUGUUUUGCACUCUGAUUACUGUCAUACUAUCAUUACUAUCAUGAUUACUGUACUGUCCAACUUCUGAAUCCCUGAUCUUUGUAUUGGCUCAGCUACAUUGUAAAUGAGGGUCUCCCUCAAUGUACUCUGAGUUUAAAUAAUGGCAGAUUGAUUGAUUAUUGGCUGAUUAUAUAAACAGUUAAACUGAUUUAAAUUGAACUGGAUUAAAUUGAACUUCCUGUCAUGUCCUGGGUCAAAAUGGACCCUUUACAGGUUUCAGGGUCUUUAAAAUACUAUUUAUACUUUACAGUUUUUCAUGAAAUGUGAUGACCGGUUUGAUGUUUUUGAUAAAAUCUCUACAUAGAGUAUCUCAGAUUUGACCCUGUAGUUCAGAAUGGCGAUCAAGAAUGCAGGAAGAUUGGGGAAACACAGUGCAGAUAGUUUAUUACAAUAUGGAAGGUUUUAUGCCCACUUUCCUAAUAUACUCUGAUUAGGAAAAUAAUGUGCAGCAAACAGCUUAAAGAGAGGAACUCGCGUCAAAAAAUACACAAACAGCAUGACCCUCACCCCCCUCUGAAAUACAGGGUAGAAUGGCACCUCAAAAUAUGAUCAGGUUGACCCCAGGGCCCACAAGAGCAAUCUGAACCUAUAAAGUGUUCUAAAAGGUGUUUUGUUAUGAAAAAGAAUGUCCUAUUUUAAGGUGAUUAUGAACAAAAAAUAUACAGUAAAAUAAAGUUGUGGAUAGGAAAGUGUCAAGUAAAAUGCAUAUUUUUCUUGGACUGUUUUGAGGAGAUUUAGCCAUACAGUGUCAAAACUGCAAACAUUAACGAUGUAAUCAAAUUGUGAACAUAACAGGGGGAUGAAGAACAAAUUAAGUUGUACUUUUGCAUGAAAUGUAUAACUGCAUUGCAUUUUAGCUGAACAGACAUCAUGCCCUUUGUGGAAUUCAUUGCAGGAUGGAUUUCAGGUAUGUUUGCCUUUCCAACUUCUUUUUGUUACUAUUUUGCAAGAAACGGGUGCCAUAAACUGGGGGGUAACGCUGCACUAUGUAAGAGUUUUUGUUAAAAUUUAAAGAAGCAGUGCUACUGAGUCAGGAAGAAAAAAAACUCUAAAAUAGUGUGUGCACUGCUGCGAGUCACUCUGUAAAACCUGAGAUUAAAAAAUGAAAAGUCAGAAGUGUUGGGUUAGACUGCGUGGACUGCGGCAUUUUUAUGUGUUAAUUCCACAUGCACAGACUCAAAAAGAAUGUGCAGCUUGAUGUUUGGGCCUUAAAUACCAAAUCAGCAUUAUGAGGAUAUGAUGACAUAGGUUAUAAUUCACUUACAUCUUUGUAAAACAGUUUUUAAAAAGUUUUGACUGAGUUCUCUUUGAAUACUCUUUCAGUGCACUCGCAAUUGUCGGGAAUUUUCUAAGAAUAUGUCCUUGUCAUAAUUUAAUAAAAGUUUUGUAACAAUUAUUCACUUAGAAAUUAUUAGAAUAAAUUUAUAGUCAUAUAAUUGAGACAAACGGAUUUCUUCAUUCAGAAAACAGGCCUAGCAUUUGUAUGGGACAGAAUGAACUUCUGAGCCCAGGCACAAGCAGUGCAUUGUAUCGGGGGAGGGUUUUGGAUGGCAGAAUGCACCUGAAGCUUGGAGAGGCCAGCAAAAUUGCUUACAUAGUAAAAGAUGAAGGCAAGUUGAGCCUUGAAGAGUCUUGAGAUAAAUUAAUAUAGUAAAUUUCAAAACUCUGGCCUUGGCUUGGUAUUGCCAGACUGGGAAAGUCUAGUAAGAAUAGAUCCCAGGGAUGGUUGGAGAUAAGUUUUCAAUGAAAGUGUCAAAUUAAGUAAUGAGAACCAAAAAGGUGAUUUCGGAACAUAUGAAAAAGGGAGGGGUGAUGAGCUCACCCUGAAACGGGUUAUAAGAAGGGGAUGUUUUGUGAUGACCUUUGCAUGUGUGGCUGUCCGGGUGUCACUUUGAAGCUUAAUAAAUGAAGAAGGAGCCUUUUCCUUCCUCAAAACAUGAACUCAUCGACGGAAGUUUGGUUUUUCAUUUCUUUUGCUUUUUGCAAGAAUGCUUUUUAAUCCAUUUUGAUUUAAUUGCCCUUUUUGCAUUAGACAGCAGAACAGUUAGAAUUAAUACUUUAACUUAAAAUAAAUUUAAAAAGCAACAAUUCACGUCAUCUGGGACUCGGGGCUGAGGGUCGGCGCGCUUUGAGUCCCGACAUAAUUGUCAGAUUAAUCUCAGAAGGUGCAACUGACAUUAUAGAAUGUAAUUCCAGCAAAAAAGGUCUUCAAAUCCCCUAAACUUACUUAGUGUAGUUUUUAAGUAAAUUUCAAAACCAGUCAGAAAUGUGAAAGUGUGAAAUGGGUUUUAGGCGCAGUGGGAUUGACUAUUGGACAUCCCAUGGACACUGUAAAGGUGCGUCUUCAAACUCAGUCCACCUACAAAGGGAUUUUUGACUGUGUGGUCCGAACAUACAGGCAUGAAGGAGCACGUAAGUCCUGGCGUGGUCCUCACAAGGGGAUUGAGAAUCCACAGAACAUCUCACAGGCAUGGCCUUCCCUGUCUUCAGUGUUGCUGUCAGCAACUCUGUGAUCUUUGGUUCGUACAGCAAUGCCUUGAAUUACCUCACCCAGUCCCAACACAGGGAGCAUGACCAAGGCAACAAGGCACCACUAUGGGCCGUCCUCACAGCUGGAUGCUUCUCAGGAGGAAUACAGGUGCUGGUCAUGGCCCCGGUCGACCUAGUGAAGGUGCGUCUUCAAAACCAAACUGCAAGUCGCUCUGUGGCAGGUGGGGCAAAGUACCGCAGCCCCAUGCACUGCAUGGCUGUCAUCUUCAGGGAGGACGGGGCGAGGGGCCUGUUCAGGGGGGUAUUUGCACUAGCCUUGCGUGACAUUCCCUGCUAUGGUCUUUACUUCCUUCCCUACGAAUUCACCUGCCGGAUGCUGACAGAGAAAGGAAAGCAAUCUAGUACAUAUGCAAUUUUAAUGGCUGGAGGAAUCGCUGGCACAAUGUCGUGGGCUUGUGCCACGCCAAUGGACGUAGUGAAGGCUAGACUCCAGAUGUCCGGGACAGGUGGCCGAGAGUACAGUGGCACCCUGCACUGCAUCACUGCCAGUCUACAGGAAGAGGGCAUUCGGGUGUUCUUCAAAGGCCUUCUUCUGAAUAGUGUGCGAGCCUUCCCAGUCAAUGCGGUCACUUUCCUCAGCUAUGAGACGCUAAUUAGGUCAAUGACAUGCUUCGCUCAGGAUUGAUGCACAGGAAGAUGUGUCUGUGUGCCAAAAUGUGUGAUGUUCUUCCCAAACUGACAAGUUUCAGCUGAUGAAACUGUGGUCUAUCUGCCGUAGACAGGAUUGGGAUGUAGAGUAUGGAGAAUAUAUAUUCAGUUGAAAAUGGAUUCAGAAACACCAUCAAUGCUUGUUUAUUAACUAUUUUAAAAUCAGCGCACGUAUCAGAGCAUGUAGCAAACAUGCUAAUUAGAUGGACUCUGUAGAGGAACUCAACGAAUGGCAUCUUUCCAAACACUGAAGUUCAGCUAAAGCUAAAUCACAAGCAUCCAAUAUUUACUGUUGGCCUUGUCCCUUGCGUACAAGGAUUUCUCCAGAUUCUCUGAACCAUUUGAUGAUAUGUAGUGUAAAUGGUGGGAUAUCCAAAAUUUUCACAAUUUUACAUUGAGGAACAUUUUUUUGAAAUGGUUCCACAAUUUUUAGACUGUUUUUCACAGAUUGGUGAACCUCUGCCUCUCUAAAAUGCUCUUUUUAUACCCAGUCAUGUGAACUGUUUAUUAAUACCACUUACUUUUGCCAGUCUGUUUGUUGCCCCAUACCAACUUUUUUGAGAUGCAUUGCUGCCAUCAAGUUCUAAAUGAGUUAAUAUUUUUCAUGAUAUGUGCUCUAUGUUCUGUUGUGAAUAAAAUAUGGGUCUAUGUGAUUUGCAUAUCAC